AGAACUGGCGUCCCUAAGGCCUUACCCUAUUCUCCCUGCCCUACACGUCACGAAGCUGGCGUUGACAAGGAAAACAGAACAGCCCACUGGAGCACCCAGGCGUUUUCAGUAAACAAGAGGUGACCGCCUGCAGCACGUGGGAGGGAAGGGAAGGUACGUCGCUGCCAUCUUGACUAUGGGCAAGCACUACAGACAGGUCGGCGUCCCUAGGCUUCUUUGCGCAAGCGUAGCAUGAAGGCUCUCCACCUCCCCGUGCACGCGCUCGUAGCUCGCUACUCUCGCGAGAGGAGCGAGAUUUAUUCCUACGUACCGGGCCGUGCUGCUUAUGGCGGCGCUGGAGAGGGGGCGCUGAGCUGUUGGGUAUGAAGUGUAACAGAACAGACUUUACCACCUGAAACUGCUGCUUCAAGUUCAGAUCAGGCCAGGAACACGCCUCGUUUGUAACCACCACCAAGACCAAAGAAGAGUAAACUUAAGCUGAAGACACAACACUUGAUCUGAAACAAGAAGUUUGUGCCUACUCAACAGCUUCACAAGAGCACUUCCCAACGCUGCUAGUAGUCUUUGUUUUCUUCAGUGCUGUACUGUGAGAUUGAUUGCCCGCUGCAGCAGCAGUCAGAUCUCUAUUAGCUUGGUAGAUCAUUUCCUCUCGCUCUCUCUCUUUUUUUAAAAAAAAAUAUACUAGAAAUUUUCAUCCUUUGAAACGUGUGCUGAAAAAGAAGAAUCAGCAAAUACUACUGAAAGUGCAAUAUUUGAUUAUCACUGCGAGCUUUCUGAGAUGGAGAACCUUUUUACUGUGUCAUCAGAUCCUCUUCCCCCUCCUGCAGCUCCCCGUCCUUCUCUUCCCUUACCUUUAUCUUCAUCUUCUACCUCAUCUGGGUUUAAAAAGCAGAAGAGGACCCCCCUGUAUCAGAGAUCUAUGAGCUUUGAUCCAAACCUUCUCCACAACAAUGGACACAACGGGUACCCCAAUGGUACUUCGGCAGCACUGCGUGAAACUGGGGUUAUUGAAAAACUGCUGACCUCUUAUGGAUUUAUUCAGUGUUCAGAACGUCAAGCUAGACUUUUCUUCCACUGUUCACAGUACAAUGGCAACCUGCAGGAGCUAAAAGUAGGAGAUGAUGUUGAAUUUGAAGUAUCAUCUGACCGGCGGACUGGAAAACCUAUUGCUGUUAAACUGGUGAAGAUAAAACCAGAAAUCCUACCUGAAGAACGAAUUAAUGGACAAGUUGUGUGCGCUGUUCCUCACAACUUAGAGAGUAAAUCUCCAGCUGCCCCGGGUCAGAGUCCAACAGGGAGUGUAUGCUACGAACGUAAUGGGGAAGUGUUUUAUCUGACCUAUACCCCUGAAGACGUGGAAGGGAAUGCUCAGCUGGAAACCGGAGAUAAGAUAAAUUUUAUAAUUGACACAAAUAAACAUACUGGUGCUGUAAGUGCUCGUAAUAUUAUGCUGUUGAAAAAGAAGCAGGCUCGUUGUCAGGGAGUAGUUUGUGCCAUGAAGGAAGCAUUUGGCUUUAUUGAAAGGGGUGAUGUUGUAAAGGAGAUAUUCUUUCACUAUAGUGAAUUUAAAGGUGACCUAGAAGCCUUACAGCCUGGAGAUGACGUGGAAUUCACAAUCAAAGACAGAAAUGGUAAAGAAGUUGCAACAGAUGUCAGACUACUGCCUCAAGGAACAGUCAUUUUUGAAGAUAUCAGCAUUGAACAUUUUGAUGGAACUGUAACCAAAGUUAUUCCAAAAGUACCUAAUAAAAACCAGAAUGAUCCAUUGCCUGGACGCAUCAAAGUAGAUUUUGUGAUUCCUAAAGAACUUCCCUUUGGAGACAAAGAUACAAAAUCCAAGGUGACUCUACUGGAAGGUGACCAUGUUAGGUUUAAUAUUUCAACAGACCGACGUGACAAAUUAGAACGAGCAACCAACAUAGAAGUUCUCACCAAUACGUUUCAAUGCACUAACGAAACCAGAGAAAUGGGUGUGAUUGCUGCCAUGAGAGAUGGUUUUGGGUUUAUCAAGUGUGUGGAUCGUGAUGCCCGUAUGUUCUUUCACUUCAGUGAAAUUCUGGAUGGGAACCAGCUCCAUAUUUCAGAUGAAGUAGAGUUUACUGUGGUUCCUGAUAUGCUGUCGGCCCAAAGAAAUCAUGCUAUUCGGAUUAAAAAGCUUCCCAAGGGCACGGUUUCAUUCCACACUCAUUCAGAUCACCGUUUUAUUGGCACUGUAGAGAAAGAAGCCACUUUUGCCAAUCCCAAAACCACUAGCCCAAAUAAAGGCAAAGAAAAGGAGGCUGAAGAUGGAAUUAUUGUGUAUGAUGACUGUGGGGUGAAACUGACCAUUGCAUAUCAAGCCAAGGACCUGGAAGGCUCCACUCCUCCUCAGAUAGGAGAUAAGGUUGAAUUUAGUGUAAGUGAAGCAAAGAGGACUGGUCAGCAGACAGCAACUUGUGUCCGACUUUUAGGUCGUAACUCCAAUGCCAAGAGGCUCUUGGGUUAUGUGGCAACCCUGAAGGAUAAUUUUGGAUUUAUUGAAACAGCCAAUCAUGAUAAGGAAAUCUUUUUCCAUUACAGUGAGUUCUCUGGUGAUGUCGAUAGCCUGGAACUGGGGGACAUGGUCGAAUACAGCUUGUCAAAAGGCAAAGGCAAUAAAGUCAGUGCGGAAAAGGUGAACAAAACACACUCAGUUAAUGGCACAGCUGAGGAAGCUGAUCCAACCAUCUACUCGGGUAAAGUCAUCCGCCCCCUGAGGAGUGUAGAUCCAACCCAGACUGAAUACCAAGGCAUGAUUGAAAUCGUGGAGGAGGGGGACAUGAAAGGUGAGGUCUAUCCGUUUGGCAUUGUCGGGAUGGCUAACAAAGGGGAUUGCCUUCAAAAGGGGGAAAGUGUCAAAUUCCAGUUGUGUGUCCUGGGUCAGAAUGCACAAACAAUGGCCUACAAUAUCACACCCCUGCGCCGGGCCACCGUGGAGUGUGUGAAGGAUCAGUUUGGCUUCAUUAACUAUGAAGUGGGAGACAGCAAGAAACUCUUUUUCCAUGUGAAGGAAGUUCAGGAUGGCAUUGAGCUACAGGCUGGAGAUGAGGUAGAAUUCUCAGUGAUUCUCAAUCAGCGUACUGGCAAAUGCAGUGCCUGCAAUGUCUGGCGUGUCUGUGAAGGCCCCAAAGCUGUUGCAGCCCCACGUCCUGACCGAUUGGUCAAUCGCUUGAAGAGCAUCACUCUAGACGAUGCCAGUGCUCCUCGCCUAAUGGUUCUUCGUCAGCCAAGGGGACCAGAUAACUCAAUGGGAUUUGGUGCAGAAAGAAAGAUCCGUCAAGCUGGUGUCAUUGACUAACCCCAUCUACAAAGCACAUCACUUAAUCAGAUAUGAUCAAGUGGGGGGGUUCUGGUGAAGGGUUCUGAAUAUCUCCCUCUUCAUCCCUCCCAAAAUCUGGAAUACUUAUUCUAUGGAGCUAUUACACCAGUUUUAACACCUUCCUCAUGUUAUGUUUAAAAAAAAAAUAAAUAAAUUUAAGAAAACCAUUUUAAAAUUAUGCACAGUUGCAGCCUGGAGAACUUAAGGUGGCGCCUUAUAGUAUCAAUUUUAGAAGCUUUAUUUGGUGCAUUUAACGCAACUGGUAAUUGCAAAACUACUUCGCCUGUGUAAGUGAAAAAUAUAGACAGUUAUCUGGUCGACCUUAUGAAAUUCUGCACUUGAUAUUUAGUGUAUACUCUACCUUCAUUACUUCUGGCAAGGUGUUCUGCCUUAGCUCUCAGUUGCAUUCUUUUCCUGUUAUUUCCUGUUCAUUAUGCUUUAAUUCUGAGGACCAUAUGAGGGUAGACUAUAUUACCUUUUUAAAAAAAAUUAAAAAUUUGUGUAAGCAUUCAAACCAUUUCCUUAAGUUGAUGGCCAAAUGUUAAAAUGUUAUUUUUCAUAUCUCAUUUAUAAUCUUGUCACAGUCCACUUAGCGAAGUUGUUAGAUUUCAGUGAGAAGUAUCUUCCAGAGUAUAUCUAAGGGUUUUUUUUUUUAUAACUUUACUAUGAUUAGUAUGUAUGGUGCAGAAUUUCAUUCGGAUGAGGUGUGCCAUCAGUGUGUGGUAAUUUAAACAUAUUUAAAAAACAAAAGGAUGAUGCACAAACUUGCUGCUUAGGACACUGCAGCUUCUAGACCCCAGUUUCUUUUACUGAUUUAAAAACAAAAACAAAAAAAAAAUAAAAAAAAAAGUUGUGCCUGAAAUGAAUCCUGUUUUCUUUAUAAGCAGCCGCCCUGGGCCCAGGGCCUUGUAAAAGACCAACCCACCCCCGGGCCUGCUGGGUCUGUCCGACUCGCACCCAGGGAGUUAGUUGGGCCCCGGGUUCUGUGCCCUCCUCCCCAGCGGCCCCCCUCCGGGCCCAGGGAGGCAGGGACGGGCCCAGGGGUGACUGAGCCUGCCUGGCGGGUGUGGGGGGGGGGGUACCCCGCAUCCCUUGUCUUUCCCCCCUUCCCCGUUUUGAGGUUAUGAUCUGCUCUGAGAGACGAGGCCGCGUUUAUCUUUGUAAACACGAAACACUUUUUGCUUUCUCCGAUUUUCUGUUAAUGGCGAAAGAAUGGAAUAGAAUAAAGUUUUACUGAUUUUGAGACAAAAAA